AUGUGUCGUGAUCGUGAUGGCGAUUGUGCAGCACUGUUGCCCGUCUUUUGCUUAUAUCAAGGUUUUGUGGAAGAUGAAAAUUUGAAACGCAGCGCGCUUGGCCUCAUUUCCGAACUUUCUUCACAUCCUGAGUUAGCUGCUUUGUAUGCUGCGGACAGUGCUCUGAUAACAACAUUUCAGCAUUAUUCAAGGAGCCGAAAUCAAGCAUUCGCAACAUACGCGGAACAAGCAUAUGAGCGUAGUAUGCAGGGCGGAAAUCCAUCAUUGCUCUAUCAGAAUUGCCCAGGAAUGGUCCCAGCAACAGCUCAUCGCGUACCAGUGAAUCCCCUGCUGAAUCAUUCGGCCCCGUUGCCAGCAGGUGGUGGUGGUGGUGCGGGACAUCCAUCGAAUACAUCCCCCUUCAAUGGAUAUCAUCCAGGCCAGCAGCAACAACACCAAUAUCCUCAUAUGUAUGGCCCGAAUACCCCCUUUAACGGUAUGACCCCUCAUCCAGGAACGGCAGCAGCAGCACCGGUGACACCGCAAUAUCCUCCAGCACAUCAUCAACAGACCCCAAUGUCCACGCCUGCACCACAGAUUUCUUCAUAUCCGAGUAUGGAGAUUAACACCCAUAUACAGUCACAGGUAGGCUAG